AGGGAUCCCACCCCUUCUCCGUGUUUUCACUCUGGAGCUCUACACAACUUUACACCUGAAUGAACGCCAAGCCUCUGUGGAUAUAUAAAGGGAACCCAGGGGAGGAAUUCCACAGUCCAUGGUGCAGAAGCAGGGGCAGAGAACCCAGCGGCUCCUCAGCCAAGCAAAUCCUCCACUCAGCAUGCUCCCCCCUGCCAUUCAUCUCUAUCUGGUCCCACUAAUGGGCAUCCUAAUGAGAAACUGUUUGGCCUUUAAAAAUGAUGCCACAGAAAUCCUUUAUUCACAUGUGGUCAAACCUGUUCCUAGCAGCAACAGCACGUUGAAUCAAGCCAGGAAUGGAGGCAGGCAUUUCAGUAGCCCUGGACUGGAUCGCAACAGUCGAGUUCAAGUGGGCUGCCGGGAGCUGCGAUCCACCAAAUACAUUUCAGACGGCCAGUGCACCAGCAUCAGCCCUCUCAAGGAGCUGGUGUGCGCGGGCGAGUGCCUGCCCCUGCCGGUGCUUCCCAACUGGAUCGGAGGAGGCUACGGAGCCAAGUACUGGAGCCGGCGGAGCUCCCAGGAGUGGCGGUGCGUCAACGACAAGACGCGCACCCAGAGAAUCCAGCUGCAGUGCCAAGACGGCAGCACACGCACCUACAAAAUCACCGUGGUCACGGCCUGCAAGUGCAAGCGGUACACCCGCCAGCACAACGAGUCCAGCCACAACUUCGAGAGCGUGUCGCCCGCCAAGCCCGCCCAGCACCACCGAGAGCGGAAGAGAGCCAGCAAGGCGAGCAAGCACAGCCUGAGCUAGAAUUGAGCUGCCCAGACAGCAUCUGCCGCCCAGAUUUGAUGGCUUGGGAGACUCGAGCCUGCCACUGCUCUCUCCUCCCUUGAAAGUGUAUGCUUUCCGCUUUGAUCAAGCCCAGCAGGCUGUCCUUCUCGGGGACCUUCUCUGGGAGGGACUAGCUUUUCCUUUGUGAGUUUCUUGAGAUGUAAUGAGUGAAAGCCAGGCGUCCUGUCGUUUCCAUUCUUAAAAAGUACCUGACGCUGUUUAAACACCCCCCCCCCCCCGCUCCUUUACAGUUUAAAACGCUCCAUUCACCAGCCCACCCGCACACUUCCCAAACGAAACCCCUUCCAACCAGAAAAGUUCACAGAAAAAUGUAUCUUCACAAAACAUUUCAGAAAGGGGCUUUUCCAGUCAUUGUCAUGGGAGUAGUUUGGCAGCCAGGGGCUAGCUUGCUUUGAAAGAGAGGCAAACCUUGUGACAUUUCACUUCAAAAAAAAAAAAGAAAAGAAAAAAGCCCUGUAGCUUUUUACAGUCUCAGUGUGAAAUUAUACCCUGCAUGUUGACCUUGCUUGGAAUGGAAUGCCAGCAAUGCGUGUCAGCAGCUAAUAGGCAGAGCAGAUUAUUUAUUUUUCAAUGGUUAUUUAAUGAGCUUUCACAUGUUGAUUUUUUUUUCAAAAUGUUAAUUUUUUUAAUGUUUUGAAGCUGUUUCAUGUACCUAAAUAUUACCCAGUACGGUUUGUGGUUGGCCUAGGAAUAUGAAAAUACAUGUUGUAGAUAUGUAAGAUAAGUAUGUUAGUCUCCUUAUAUAUUACUCAUUUCAUCAUAAACUUUGUCUGUAGCAUGGUUCUCUAUAAGCUGCAAUAUGUAACACUUUAUUAUUAGUCCAUGCAAUCAGAGGGCAGCUUGACCUUUAGUGACAUUGGCUUCUUUUCACAAAUAUAAAACGCAGCCAAAUGUUAUUGUCCCUGCCUCUAACUUGUAUAAAGAGGUACAUGCUUGCAAACAUUGUAAAAUAAAGUUGUAAGUGUA